AAGUAUAAAUAGUGUUCCACCUUACUUUCAAAUAGCAUAAUCAUUCAAGAGAAGUCAAAGUAUAUAAUAAUAAUAAUCAAAGAAGAUAUGAUGAAGAACUUGAGAAUUGGUAUAAUAUUUUCAUUCCUAUAUUUUCUAGCGGACAUUGUUGCAGCUCAAUCUGGUGUCUUUGACAUAUCUAAAUUUGGUGGAGCACCAAAUGGAGAUAUUACCCAGGCCUUCACGACUGCUUGGAAUGAAGCGUGUGCAUCAACAACUGCCGCUAAAAUUGUUAUUCCAGCUGGUACAUACAAGAUGGGUUUAUUAGAAGUUAAAGGUCCUUGUAAGGCUCCUGUAGAAGUUCAAGUGGAUGGCACAAUUCAAGCACCUGGGAACAAUGCUGAUCUUAAAGGAGCUGAACAAUGGAUCCGGUUUAAUGAUAUAGACUCCCUUACCAUAUCAGGAAAAGGAGUUUUUGAUGGUCAAGGUGCAGCUGCAUGGAAAGGUGCUUCAGUUGCUUGGAAAGAUAAAUCUCAUGGAAAAGGUUCCAAUAAACGUGCAAUUAGUUUGUAUUUUGCUUAUUGCAACAAUACAAUGGUCACUGGUGUUACAUCUAAGGACAGCAAGUAUUUUCAUUUUAUGGUUUUGGGGUGUAACAAUAUCACAUUUGAUGCCGUCAAAAUUAUAGCGCCUGAUGAAAGUCCUAAUACUGAUGGAAUCCACAUGGGAAGAUCAAAUGGUGUUACAAUUAUUAAUACGAACAUUGGAACUGGAGAUGAUUGUGUAUCAUUAGGUGAUGGUAGCAAAAAUGUAACUGUCGAAAAUGUGAAUUGUGGACCAGGACAUGGUAUUAGUGUUGGAAGCCUUGGAAAGUAUCCGAAUGAAGAGAAUGUAGCAGGUUUUAUAGUUAAAAAUUGUACUCUCACAGAAACUGAAAAUGGUGUGAGGAUUAAGACUUGGCCUGAUACACCAGGAAAAAUUACUGUUACUGAUAUGCAUUUUGAAGACAUUAUCAUGAAUAAUGUCAUGAACCCUGUCAUCGUUGACCAAGAGUAUUGUCCAUGGAAUCAAUGUUCUAAAAAGAAUCCAUCAAAAAUAAAGCUAAGCAAGGUUACAUUCAAGAACAUUAAGGGCACAUCUGGAACAUCAGAAGGAGUGAUUAUUAUUUGCAGUAGUGGUGUACCAUGCGAUGGCGUGGAGUUAAAUAAUGUUGAUCUCACAUUCAAUGGAGCACCAGCAGUAGCUAAAUGUUCUAAUGUCAAACCUAUAGUUACAGGAAAAGCUCCUAUUUGUGGAGCUCCAGCUUCAGCUUCAACUUCAACUUCAGCAUCACCUUCAGCUUCACCGACUUCAGCUUCAGCAUCACCUUCAGCUUCGCCAGAUUCAGCUUCAGCUCCUAAAGAGUCAGCUCCUAAAGAAAAAAAAGAAAAAAAAGAAAAAAAAGAAGAAAAAGAAGAAAAAGGAGAAAAAGAAGACGACGAUUAGACAAACCAUCCCCUUAAUGCGAGGAUGCAGUAGUAUAGUUCUAUAGGAAUACACAUGUGUAUAAAAACUAUUUUCAUGUAUAUUUAUUCUUUCUCAUUAAAAAUAAAUAUCACUUAGUUUUUGUAAUUAGAGAGUUAAAAUACAUUGUUCAAAAUACAUGAGAUUUAUAUUUAAGAAUGUUUCAUGAAAAGCUGUGAAAUGUACUAGGUUGUACAAUGUUCAAAUGCAUUGAAAUAUUCAGGUGAACCGUAAAAUGUAA